UGUGUUUAUGCAGAUGAUAUAAAUUUUUUGAUCAUUUAUUGGUGAAUUUAUGUGUCCACACUAAAUUGUAUCAUGAUGUAUGAUAUUCCCUGAAGGCCUCUUUCGUUAUAAAAUACACAUAUGUCAUUGAUAACGAAAGAUUAAAAAUAGAAACAAAAGUUGAUUAAACAUAUUUAACGGAAAUACCGAUCUGAAUAGCACAAACAAAAUGGCAGACACAGACAUAAAUGCAGUAUCAUUAGCGCUUUAUCGCUACUUGUGUCAAAACAUAGUUGGAACAGAGAAUCAUGUUAAAACAAUCAGACUUCUGAAUAGUGUCAGAGAUAAUGUGAUGAGCACCAAUCCUGUUGUCUCUAUCACAAGUGGAAGUUUUGGAGAAGGGCUCGAGAUGAGAGGUAGUGAUUUGGAUAUUAUGGCAUUAAACAAAUUCCACGAGGUUUAUGCGGAUGUAAAACCCCGACUUAAUAAAAAUAUAACAUAUUUUAGAAUGGAAACAGACGAGGUAAAACCUGGUUUCACGCAGUUGCUAUUAGAACAAAAUUUUACUAAAUCUGUCUUAGGAAACUGUGAACUGCUUAAUGGAAAACAUUAUUUAUCGAGCGCACUCUUUAAACAAUACAUAGCAGGUUAUACAGAUGGUAUUAUAAUUCAUGGACCGUGUUUAUCUGACAAACACGGAUUCUUGGACCGAUGCUUUUGCUUUCAUUGUAAGACAUGGAUACCACAGGCAUCACAGUGGAUAUCAAGAUCAAAUAAUUCAUGGCCAAGUUAUAAUGUCAAACAAAAUAUCAUAAAACACGGAGUACUUGUUGUACCAAUCGGAGUUAAGGGAUCGUUGAAAGAAGAUAUAGAAUGGCGAAUAUCUUUUUCUGUGGGUGAAAAAAUACUCAUAAACACAUUUACGCACACACAAUUAUUAUGCUAUGCACUCCUGAAAAUUAUUUUGAAAGAUGUAAUAGCAACAUACACAGAAUGUUCAGAUUUACUCUGUUCAUAUUUUAUGAAAACAGUUAUUUUCUGGAUAUCAGAGGAAUUACCACAAUCCGUAUGGAAACCUGAAAAUCUUAUACCUUGUUUUAUGCGUUGCUUUAGUAGGCUUAUUUAUUGUGUUAAGUAUUCAGCUUGCUUGCAUUACUUUAUUCCUGAAAACAACAUGUUUGAGAACAAAAUAGAGGGCCGUGCUCGUGAAAUACUCCUAGAUAAACUAAAUACCCUCCAUAGUUACGGUUGGCGGUGUGUCUUAUUUUCAGAUCAACUAUAUAACUUUCAUGUAUCAAUGUGGACGGAUCACAUCGAACCUCAUACAUUGCAUACUAUCCAGGUUGCAAAAACACUGAAUUCAAAAUUGUUAUAUUUUUCAAAUAAUUGGAAGGGUGUUGAGUUUGAGAUGCACACUUAUGUAUACAAAAAAGGAAUCCACCUGAUAGUUUCCUGUGAUCAAUCCUACCUAAAAUACUUUUAUACAUACUACAUGUCAUUGAGUUGUGCACAAUCUGCGCAGACUAUUCCGCUGAAUAGUACUAGAAAUAGUAACAAACAUCAAUAUAAACAGUAUAAUUCCUGUCUUUGUACUCUGCUUCAAAAUAUUUAUCAUGACACUGUUUCUGGAUGGUUGAUGAUAGCUUCGUUUUUCUAUACGUCAAAACAAUACAAGAAAGCGUUAUGCAUCAUCAUGUAUUCUUUAUCAAAAUGUACUCACGAAAAAUUAUACAGCUUCAUGGAUAUGUCGGGGAUUCAAUACCAAUUGUUCAAACUGAAAUUAUUUCAGAAGAAAAGUAUCGUUCGACUAUGGAAAAUAAUGCUUAUAGAUUUUAUGAAAUUUGGAAAAAAGUCUGGGUUAAUACCAAUCGAACUACAAAUAGAAGUGGAAAAUGGAGUAUAUACACUUUCCUCUAUAGUUUAUGCUUAUUUUCUAAAAUUUCUGUGUCAUUAUCAUCUCAAUAAUGUCAGACAAUGUCAGGAUUCCAUCCAAACUUUACAACUUGUUAUAGCAGAAAAUUAUUUUAUUGAAAAAGACAACAAAUACCAAUAUCAAGCACACAACAUUGUUGGUAUUGCUUUACAGUUAUCAGGAGACCAUGAAGCCGCCCGUCAAGCAUUUAUGCAGUCAAUUGAAAUAUACCCUGAUCACAGAUAUAAUACUUCUAUAAAGAGAUUUUUGUUGAUGAGCUCAUUGUGAUAUUUGUUCAAAAUGACAAAUUCACCAGGCACAAGAUUUAGAAUCAGAUCCAAAGACGUAUGAAUGCAAAAGUUCAUGUCAAAGAAACACAGAAGUUGAUCAGAGAAAUAGAAUGAUUAUGUUGGAUAAGUAAGAAUCCAUCUAAAAGUUUUUACAUUUUUGUUUUCCUGUCCUUACUGGAGAUUGCGGUUUAACUAAUUCUAUUCGCCUUCUUCUAUGAGAUAAUGUCAAAUGUCGAAGCUGUAUCAACUUCAAAUUAUUAGGUCGGGUUCUCUUCUAAUUUGGGUAUAAAAUCUUAGAUAAUUGGAAUGACAAUAACGUCACUGCUGAGAUAUAGUUAAUACAUAUCUGCAUUAGAAUAUAAAAAGUUGUUAAUUCAAAUUCCCGAUAACUGCAUUUGAAAGAGAGAGUUUUAAAAUUGAUGAAGAAGGAGCAAUAACUCAAAAGUGCCAGACUGAUAUGUAUAUUUUUGUUUAUAAUGCAAUGUCUUAAUUAAAUAAUCCUAA